CAGACACACAGUUCAGUUACGACUUGCCACUCAGCCAAAAAACGUUACGGGGAUGAAAACCAACCUAUUGCUAGCCCUUGCCGGCUUCGCCGUCUAUUUCGGCUAUAAGGUCCACCAGCUGCUGCAACCGCCGCCCCUGCCCCACCUGGAGGACACUUGGUGGGGACCUGGCACCCCUAAGCCGAAACCGAACUGGACUUUGGAGCUGGAGCCGUUCAACAUCACCGUAUCGGAGAGAGACCUCAAGGAAUUAAAAUGGCGCCUACAGUACCACAGAAACAUCACGCCACCCCUGGAGGGAGUCCAGCACGAGUACGGCUUCAACACCAACCUCCUGAAGGAGGUCGUCCAGUUCUGGAGGACGGAGUACAAUUGGACUGAGCGAGAGCUGUACUUCAACAAGAACCCCCAGUACCUUCUGAAAGUGCAAGGGCUCGACAUCCACGUGGUGCACGUCAACGGGGGGCAGUACAAGGGCUACAAGAAGCUGCCGCUGUUGCUGCUGCACGGAUGGCCGGGGUCUGUGAGGGAGUUUUACGAUAUUAUACCCAAACUGGCCGAGCCGCAGAAGGGGAGAAAGUACAUGUUCGAGAUCAUCGCCCCACAUUUGCCAGGUUUUGGGUUCUCCCAAGGAGCAGUCCGUCCUGGUCUCGGCGCCGCCCAAAUGGCCGUCCUCUUCAAGAACCUGAUGCACGACAUCGGCUUCAAGGAGUUCUACGUCCAGGGAGGUGAUUUCGGGGCCAUUAUUCUCCAGCACAUGGCUGUCCUCUUUCCCGAGUCGGUGCUGGGUUUCCACAGCAACAUGUGUACGAUAUAUACACCCAAAUCGUACCUCAGGACCUUGCUGGGCACCGUGUUCCCCUCCUGGUAUGUCAAGCCGGAGCACUACGACAGGGUGUACCCUUUAAGCGAACAGUUUUAUUUAAAACUUAGGGAAACUGGUUAUUUGCAUCUGCAGUCUACCAAACCUGACACACUAGGUGUCGCCUUGAACGACUCUCCUAUCGGUAUGGCAGCUUACAUCCUCGAAAAAUUCAUAACAGGAACCAACAGAACUUGGUUGUCUCAAGAUGAUGGAGGCCGCCUAAAAGAUACAUACACCUAUACGGCCCUUAUCGAUAACAUCAUGUUCUACUGGGCAACGAGUUCGGCGACCACUUCCUUCAGGUUGUACGCCGAAACCUUCAACAAGAAGCACAUGGGGUUGGGCAUCUUGAGGCAUCCAGUGGAGGUACCAACGGCAUGCGCCAGGUUCUCAAACGACUUUUACGCAGCAGACGGACUCUUGCCAGAGAUCUACCCCCACCUCCUGCAGCUCACGGACCACGAAGGGGGUCAUUUCGCGGCCAUGCAGAAGCCCGACGUUUUCGCGAACGACAUCCACGACGCCAUGGAGAAGUUCGUGAAGUUCAACGAAGAAUUCCGGAAGAAGGAGGAAGACGGAGAGUCUCCCAAGAAAUAGCCUCGUAAAUCGAAGUAAUUUUAAGAUUUUGUUACAGAAGUUGUAUAAUAAAUGUUUGUAAAACGAG